AUGACUAAAAGAAAACAAAAUAAUAACUCAACUUCAAGUGAUACAGAAACAGACUCCAGAAAUUUAAGCAAUCCAAAAUCAGGGUGUCCACUAACAGGACCAACUACUUUGCGAGCACAUUUUGCUAAUAGCUAUAAAAAUAUUUUUGAGGAAUGGAAAUACCAUUUUAAUUAUAUUUUAGUCAACAAUUUGGAAGAUAUUCCAACUGAUGAACCUCUUUAUGGCAUGCCAAAUACUACUUCAUUUUUAGUUAAACAAAAAAAAAGCAAAAUUAACUAA